AUGGUCAAGUUCGACGAUCGUGCAAUCACGGCCGUGGUCCAGAUUGUCCUUUACAUUCCGGUCCUGAUCGUCGCUCUCGUGUUCUGCUUCCGCUAUGGCUUCAACAAGCAUGGGGGCUGGAUGGGGCUCGCAUUCUUUCUCUCCGUGAGACUCUUUUCGUCACCCUCUCUCCCGUCCUCACCCGAAAUGCCAGUGGUCAUCACCGCUGGCAUCCUCGCUAUCGUUUCCACCCAGGAUAUUUCAAAUCAUACUCUCGCGGCCGUCUACCCAGUUCUUGAAUCCGCAGGCCUCUCGCCCCUCAUGGGGGCCAUUACGGGAUUUCUCUCCAUUGUCUGCCAAUUUACCCUCGCCAAACGCUCCUUCAUGUUCGACCGUGGCUUGGUUGUCCUGCAAGCGAUCACCACGCUCGCCUUCGUGCUCCUCGCCUACAGUGCCUCCGCACUUCCGAACGCGAAGAAUCAGGACGACAUCGACCAGGCAACCAGCUUCCGGCAGGGCGCGUACGCUGUCCUCGCUGGCGUCUACAUCGCCCUCGUCUGGAUCGUCUUCAGUGCGUACAUGAGGCGUGCGGAGAUCCUGAAGUACCGCCGACAGCUCCUCACGGGAGUCCUGCUCUCGCUUCCGUUCGUGACCGCGCGCGUCGUGUACUCGAUCGUGGGCGGCUUCGCGAAGCCCACCUUCGGCUUCGACGCGGACGGGAACCUCAUCCCAAUCCCACACCCGGACGACCCCCUGCAGAAGUUCAACCCGACUACCGGCAACUUCGUGCUGUUCGUCGCGUGCGCGCUCGCGACGCAGUACGUCGCGGUGAUGAUCAUCUGCUUCGUUGGGAUGCGGACGCCGCUGAAGAAGGACGAGGUGCGUGGGGACGUCCAGCGAUGGAGCGGGGGGCGCUGA